GAGAUCUCUAGUUGAAAGUGGAUGGAUCAACAAAUAUUUUUAACUUAAUAUUGGAAAAGAACGGUUUUCUAAAGUAGCUCUUAGAAUAAAAGCAAUAUUCUUCUCCCAUCUGAGCAAGAUUUAUGAGGCUCCACAACAAUAAUAUAAAACUAAUUAAUGAUUUUCCUUGAGUAGUGCCUUAAACAAAGAAAAAAUAGUCAGUUUAGCUUCACUUGAUAAUCUCUGAGAGCAUCUGUAUUCGCAUUCUGAUAAGAAUCAUUUUUUUCUUUCUUUUCUUCAAGAGUUGUUCAAUGGAAAUACUUAUUAAUGUUGCAGGUAGCUUUGUUGUUGAGGUGGGAAAACUUGUAUCUAAAUGCAUCUAUCCUAGGAUUGAAAAUAUUGUCCGUUUCUCAUCAAAAAUUGAAAAUCUAACGAAUGAAAUGGAGAAGCUAACAAAGUUUAGAGAUGAGAUCAAAGAGAUGGUGGAAGGAGCAGAGGAAGAAGGCUAUAAACCAAAACCAGAUGUUAUCAAGUGGAUCGAAGAUGUUCACGAGCUAGAGAAAGAAUGGGAAUCUAUGCAGGAAAUCAUUGCAGCGGCUAAGACGCUUUCAUAUAAAUGCUGUCCAAAAUGCAGCCUUCGCUCAGAAAUCUCCACUCAAUCACAGAACAUCCGAGAUCAACAGUGCAGACUUAUAGAGGUCGGAAAAAACUUUGGAUCCAAUUUGGUGGUAGAAAAUUACCAGAUGAAAAAAGUUGAGUUCAUACCCGGAACAUCAAUAGAAGGCCAAUCUGCAGCAACAAGGAAUCUCAACAAAAUCCUACGACUAUUGGAAGAUGAUCAGGUAUGCAUCAUCGGUGUGUGGGGUACGGGAGGAGUUGGGAAAACUACUUUGGUGAAGAAUCUAAACAAUGAGCUCAUAAAGAAUGUGUCAAGUUCCAAACUGUCUUUUGGGGUUGUGAUAUGGGUUACCGUGCCCAAACCUCCAAUAGACAUAAGAAAGAUUCAAGAACAAAUUGCCAGCAGAUUAAUUCUAAAGGUAGACAAAGAGGGAAGUGACAAAAGCAUUUCCAGCAAAAUCUGUCAAAGGCUCGGGGAAGAAAAGAGUUUCCUUCUCAUACUAGAUGAUGUUUGGGAAGCUAUAAAUUUGGAUGAUGUAGGUGUGCCCCAACCUGAAUAUCCCGCAAGAAGGAAGGUCAUUAUAACUUCUCGUUUUUUGGAUGUUUGUAAGCAAAUGAGGACAAACAUCGAAAUGAAUGUCACCACAUUAAAGGAGAAUGAAUCUUGGAAACUUUUUGUCAAAAAUGCGGGAGAUAGUGCCAAUUUGGAGAAUAUUAAACCAUUGGCGAAAAAAAUUGCAAGAGAGUGUGGUGGUUUGCCGUUAGCAAUUACUGUUAUUGGGACGUCUAUGCGAGGGAAGACAAGGGUCGAGCUCUGGGAAGAUGCUUUGGAUUCACUUAGAAGGUCUGAACCUUACAACAAAAAUGUAAAAGAUAAGGUUUACAGUGUCAUCAAGUGGAGUUAUGAUUCUUUAGAAUCUCGGGAUAUUCAAAGUUGUUUCUUGUAUUGCUCCUUAUAUCCAGCAGCUAUUCCAAUAGAUGAUGCCAUUCAUUGCUGGUGGGCAGAAGGAAUUCUUGGUGAAUAUGACACCUAUGAGAAAGCCUACAACAGGGGAAUCAAAAUGGUUGAGAGUCUAAAGGAUGCCUGUUUGUUAGAAACCCGUUGGCCGGAUUCAGUGAAGAUGCACGACGUGAUCCUUGAUGUUGCUAGAUGGAUAGCUAAUACUUUUGGAGAUGAACACACUUCUGUUUUUCAAGCUGGAAUUGGGUUGACUGAGAUAUCACAUAUUAAAUUAUCAAUUUCUGACAAGAGAAUAUCUUUCGCAAGCAAUGGAAUUGAAUGUCUACCUGAUUGCUUCCCGAAAUGCCCAGACACCACAUCUUUACUUUUGCAAGACAAUUAUCGCCUUGAGAGUAUUCCCCAGGAAUUCUUUUUGGCAUUUCCAUCCCUAAGAGUUCUGAAUCUGAGCCACACCAGUAUUAGAGCACUGCCUUCUUCCAUCAAUAGUUUAUGUCAACUACGUGCUCUAAUAUUACAGCGUUGCCACAUGUUGAAAGAGUUACCACCUAUUGGUAAUCUCUGCAAUUUGCAAUUGCUCGAUUGUGAUGAGACAUUGUUACAUUAUCUGCCGCAAGGAAUGGACAAGUUGACAAAUCUGAGGCUAUUAAAUCUGUCUGGAGCAGAUCUGAAGAGCAUUGACCAAGGAUUUUUCCUCAAAUUGCCUAGCAUUGAAAUGUUAAAUAUGAAGGGUAGCCGUGUUGGAUCAACUUCUUUUGAUGAGAUAUCAUCUCUACCCAAGCUGACUUUUCUUUUUAUUAAAUUGGAUAAAUCAUCAAUUUCCAAAGGAGACCACACCUGGAUGAAAAGAUUGAAAGGAUUUUAUAUUGAAGUUAGCAGAACUUCAAUUUAUGCAUCAAUUAAUAAGUCAUCAAAGAGUAUAGGCGUCACCAACUGUGAAAUCUUCAGUAACGGAGAGCUCUCAGGCAUGUUGCAUUUUGCUUCAGAAUUAUACUUGGAUGGAUGCAUGGGUCUCAGGAGUGUUAUUGCAUGCGACACUUUUCAUGGAUUAAAAUCACUAUAUAUUGAGAGAUGUUAUUGUAAUUUCACCCCAUGGAAACGAAGAAUUGGAGAGUUUGACCCUUUGCCUAAUCUGGAAUAUCUCUCGAUUGACUGGAUACAUUAUUUAAAGAGUGUUUCUGAUUUCAGUACUCAACUUCUGGGUCUAAGAUUUUCCAAGUUACGCCGACUGAGCAUAUCCAAUUGUCAUAGUUUAACAUGUCUUUUCAACGUUGGUGGAGCUUUCUGUGCACCCAAGCACUUGGAAGAAAUUACAAUUAGCGAUUGUAAACAGCUGACGGAGUUGUUUGUGCAAUGCAGCUCAAGUGUUCAGGCAACACCUGUAGAUUCAGAAAUUCCAAGAAUUCGGAAAUUAUGGUUGACGUCCUUACCAAAAUUAGGAACGUUUGGGGAGCCACCGAGUAUGUGGGAACACCUGGAACAACUUAUGGUUAUAGGUUGCACUGGAAUAAGGAAGUUGCCGCUCUCUCUUCAAUCCUCCAACAACAUCAAACUAAUAAAAGGAGAAUCAGAAUGGUGGAACAAACUGGAGUGGGAUGACGACAGCUUCAAAUCAAAUUCAGAGCAGCAUUUCCGACCAUAUAAACUAUGACUUCCACAGCAUCUCAGGUGAUGUGCUAAUUAACUUUCAGGUUUCUCAUUUUCCGAGAAAAUAUUUUCCUUCAUACGAAACACACCCUUUGUUUUUCUUUUUUCUUUCUUCUUUGGAUUAACUGCUCAAAUUAUUUUACAAGAAAGAUGAACACACAGGCUGUGUUCGGUGUGAUGGAAAAUGUUUCUGAUCUACAUUAUAUUAAGAUUGUCCUUUUGUUGCUUCUUUCGGGAAAGUAUAGAAGCUGAGAAAGGACAUUCCUGCACUGGAGAGACACAGUUUUCGAGCUAAAGUUAACCAGUCGAGUCAAAAGCCUAAAGCUUUUUAUGCCAAUGAUUGUUCCUUGUUUGUACUCUUCGUGCUUUCUGGUCUGAUAUUUUGAUUGCUUGAUUGCACACUGAGUAUUUUCUUGUUUCGAUUGUGCCCGGUGUGAUCAUGUUGUUAAUUUGUAAUAAACUGGUAUUGCUUCUGGCUUUUAAACAUUUAUAGCAUUCUUAAAUUGUAAAUUCAGAAUUUAUUACAUUAACUUGGUUUCCUAUGUCUUUGUUCUCAUGAUAGCACAGACAAACCAUGUAUCAAGAGGUUGAAAUAAGAAAGAGCCUAUUACACCGUUGUGACAGAGGUUUGUCGUGCUGUAAAAGGGUCCAUUGUAAACCAUUGAGAACUUACCCCACAAGAUAUUUCACUGACUUAGGACCGUUAUAGUUAUUGUCGGGGUGACUGUCUAGUUGUAGUUGGAUCUGCAGGUGUUUAGAAUGCUCAGAAUUCCUGUUUGCUUGGUAUGAUGGAAGUCAUUUUCCUAAAAUGUUUUCACAAAAUGACUUUCCGAUGUUCGGUUCGAGAGUGAAAAGUAUUUCGUUAUAGAUUGACAAUAUCAUUACCAAAUCAGAAUGUGUUAUGAGGGAUUUUUUGACAAUAUUAUGAUGGACAAUGCGUAAUGCUCUUUUCUCCCUAUGACAAGUUCAUAAAAAUGAUUAUAAUAUCUAUGAACCAAAAUGCCAUUGAGAUAAGAAGAACCUUUUGGAAAUUAAAUCAUUUGGUAAAAUGUAUUUUACAUAAUUUACGGAGUCUACACAUAACAUUUGCAGUGUUUCCUACCUGGAGUUAAUCUGAUCAGGGACUCGAGUCAGAGAUAUCUAGUUGAAAGUGGAUGGAUCAACAAAUAUUUUUUAACUUUUUAUUGGAAAAGAACGGUUUUCUAAAGUUGCUCUUAGAAUAAAAGAAAUAUUCUUCUCCCAUGAGCAAGAUUUACGAGGCUCCACAAUAUUGAAAGAAGGAGAUUGAGCUCAUCACAAAUGGAUGAAUCCAAUGAAACAGUGACAACUGUUUCAGGAAGUUAGUUGACUAUUUCAGGAAGUUAGUUGACUAACUAACUCUAUGAAGUGGAGUUUUUAUGAGUUCGUUAAUUUGUUAGCUUCUAGAUCCUUCAAUAUGACUAUAUAUAUAGUCCACUUAGUGAAUGUAAAAAAUAGAACAAUAAGAUUCAUUCAAUGAAACAAGUUACUUCUCUUCUUCCUCUUUACGGUUUCUUCUUUCUUCUUCCUCCUCAUAACAGAUUAUAGAGUUCUUACAUAAUGAAGACUAAUUAAGUUCAUGGUAUCAGAGCACCGAUCUCGAUCUGAUUGUGCUAUUGUUUAGUGUUUUCUUCCGCAAUCUACUAACUUCAACACCAUAGAAAUCUCGCACAAUAGUAGAAUUCAAGAAUCUCAGGAAACCAGCUCUCAAAAAUGGUGAUUCCCUCUAAUAAUGGAGCAAAUGCUGAGGAGUCUACAAGCUCUGCCAAUGGAGUAACUGGAGCCCAAAAUUGUUUUGGGAUUGACAACAAUCAUCCACUAUUUCUGAAUCCCUCAGAUAUAAGUGGCUUGCAGAUUAUUUCCUUUCAACUCACUGGAAUUGAAAACUUUUCAAUGUGGUUUACAUCUAUGAGAUUAUCAUUUUUAGGAAGGAACAAGUUAGGAAUGGUAGAUGGUUCUUGUUUUAAAGAUAAAUCUCCUCCUGAAAUGGGGAACCACUGGGAAAGAGUAAAUGCAAUUGUUCUGUCCUGGAUCAUGAGUGUUGUAGCUAAACGUCUACUUGGAGGAAUUAUGUAUGCUACCAGUGCACAGGUUGUAUGGAGUGAUCUUUGUAAGAGGUUCAACAAGGUGGAUGGCUCAAGAACCUUCAAUCUUCAUAAAGAAAUCGCUACCUUAACUCAAGUAACACCUUCAGUAUCUCUCUAUUAUUCUAGAUUGAAAGAUUUGUGGGAAGAGUUUGAGGCAUUAGUACCUAUCCCAGGAUUCAGUUGUGAGACUUCAAAAGACUAUGUGGCUCAUCUUCAAAAACCUAAGUCGUUUCAGUUCUUGAUGGGUUCAAAUGAAUCGUAUGGACAGGAAAGAAGUCAAAUCUUGUUAAUGAAUCCUCUCCCAAACAUUAACCAAGAAUAUGCUAUGGUGAUCAGUGAUAAGAGUCAAAAGUUUGUAGGAGCUACUGCUGGUAUUCUUGGGUCUAAUCCUACAUCAACUGGAUAUAAGUCAGCUAUCUUCUCAAGAGGAAAUGAUCCUUAUUCUAGAUAAAAUGAAUCAACAUUCACGAGAGGAGGUC